AACUGCGAUGGCGCACAACACAACAAAUCAUCUUUUCGAGGAUUUUGCGAAGAAUCGAUACAAAAAAGCAACGUUGACGUGAGCGAGAAAAUUCAGAAACUUUCAGAGGAAAAAAGAAGAAGAAAGGUUUCAACUUUCAAGAGGUAGUAGUAGUAGUAGUGCAGAGAUAUCUGAAGAAAAGUGCAGAGAAAAAAGAAGCAGCCGAGGUAAUAUAAAAGUUGGAGAGAAACAGGUGAAGCUGCAAUAUUUCGCCACAUCUUCUUCUUCUUCUUCUCCAUGCCGAUCGCCUCCAAGCUCGUCUACUUCCAGCGCCGCCGCCCAUCGCCGGCGCCGCCGGAGCCGGAGCCGGAGCCUCCCGACCCUCGCCGCAGGCCCUGCCGAGCCGGAGCCGGAGCCUCCGCCGCACGCCGCCGCAAGCCGGGUCAGGAACAUGUUCCAGGAAGCAAAAGAGAUACCUCAAAGGGUGUCGCAUCUGCUGGAAACAUAACAGGACAAGCAGGCAGCACGGGCUCCAGCUCAAGGCUAAACCGCAGCGUAUCAGAUCAUGGCCGGCUUCCUGAUUCCGUUCAGCAGGCUAGGGAACGGCUACUUCAGAGGCUUAACAGCGUGGACUUAUCAGGAAGAAGGCAAAAUACAUCGUUGUCAUCAGAAACCAUUCAUGGUGGAGUAGCCCCGGGCGUCUCCACCACCGCAGAUAGCAUAUUCAGCAGUCUAACCAGUUGCUUCCACACUGACGUAUCGAUCGCUCCCUGCAAACUCCAAGAGAGCACAGCUGAAACCUUCAACACCGCAGAUAAGCAUACGUUCAUCGCGCAUUGUUCUGAACCGGCUCCUACACAAGAAGUAGCAAGCUGCAGAGUAACAGAUGAUGACGAACUCGCGGGACCUUCAACGGAGUGCUCUAUAUGCCUGGAGAGAUGUGGGGAUGCAGAUGGGCUCCUCGAGCUGCGGUGCAAGCACAUCUUCCACUCGGCCUGCCUCGAGCGAUGGCUGCGCUCUCGCAGCGACUGCCCCUACUGCAGGGCCAGCGUGCUCCUAACAGCAGAAGGAUGAGAAUUUGAGGAUGAAACUAAACCCAGCUCUGUAGAACCUCUCUUUAAGCCCUUAACUUUGUCACUGCUCACAUGCUCUUCUUCCAGUACCAAGUUUUUUCCCCCCUUUGCUGAUGAGGCUGUGAAAUCUGUGAUACUUUUGUCACUGUGUGAGGCUUCAGAAAGUUAGCAUCUUACUGUACCAUGAAUGUGUCUUGAACCUGACUGGGUUGUUUGCAACUGGAUCAUGCUCUCUCCAUGCAUAUAGAGUGAGAGCUGAGCUGCUACCUGUUUUUCCAUGGAAGCUUUUGUUUGCUCUUCCAUGUUGUGCAAUCUGAAAGUGAGUGAUUGCUUUUGCUCU